UUCUAGUGCUUCAACGGAUAUAAACUGAAACACAAAGAAACCUUACUCUUAUCUCCAACUUAACACUGCUACUCUUCUUCAAUCCUCAAAUUCUUCAUGAAAUUGCCGCAUUUAGCCAGCUUAAAUGGAAUCCUUGAUACCCUUCCCACGAUCCCAAAGCUUCCCACCCUCCAAAGAACCCGAAAAACAUCGAAAAUCAUCGGGUUUCUCGACAAGAACACUUCAAACUUUCAUGAACAACUACCACUACAAACUACAAGAAGGACGGCAUUGGCCCUUGCCUCCAUUGCUCUUGUUGGAACUUCUAGCAAUGGUAUCUCCCUCGCUGAAGAUAACGGUUAUUGGAUUACCGAUCUUUUGUCCGUCCCUUCAGUCGAAAAUAAAGAUAUUACGAACCCGGAGACCGGAACUCGAUCUUUCAUCAAGACGGGAGUAUAUGUGGCUAAUCUUAACACCAAGAACCGGAUGUAUAGGCUCAAGAAAUAUGCAUUUGAUCUGCCUGCAAUGGCGGAUUUGAUUGGACCAGACACUUUGAAUUAUGUUAAGAAGUAUUUGAGACUUAAAUCUACCGUUAUGUACUAUGAUUUCGACAAACUUAUCUCUGCAGCAGCAGUGGAUGAUAAGCAACCACUCAUUACUUUGGCCAACAGAUUAUUUGACAGUUUUGAAAAGGUAAAAGAUGUUGGCAGCUCGAAGAUGCGUAAUUUUCCCCAGACCGAAUCAUGUUAUCGAGACACAAAAGUUAUUCUCCAAGAGGUCAUGGAUCGAAUGGCCUAAAUAUGCAGCAUUUUUCUUUAUCAAAUAUUGGGAAAAUUCUAUAUGCUUAACAUUGAUGCAGGGAACUUGUCCUUGAGUACAUUAGCAUUUAUGAAACGGGAAAAACAAAGAUGAUUGUGUCUGAUUUCAAUUUGAUGACAGGAAUCAAUUUCAGUAGAUUACCAUGUUAUCCCAAUAUUCUAUUUUUGUU